AUGGUGGAAUCUUCGAUUUUCUUGUACUUUGAUCCUGAAUAAGUCAAUAUAAUUUAAACAAAGUCUGAAACUGAUGAUUAAACAGUCAAGAGACUAAUAGGAACAUCAAAAAUUAACAAAGAAGAUAAGCGAGCAUAAGAUCAACUAGAUUGCCCCAUUUGUAUGCAGAUAUUAUUUAAUCCGGUUGAGUGCUCUAAUUGUUAGAAAUGCUUUUGCGCAGAUUGUGCAUAGUCCUGGAUUGAUAGUGGCAAGAGUGACAAAUGUCCAUUAUGUUAAGUAAAACUUGUAACGAAGUAGCCUCACAGAUUUGUCAAAGAAUUUAUCGAGGGAUCUCUCUUUUAAGGCUGCACAUAAGUAGAAUGCAAAUAAUACAACGAGUCUAUUAAAUAUAUUGACCUGAUCAAGCACUACCAGUUUCAAUGUGAUUAAAUAAUGGUAUCCUGUCCUCUUAAAUGUGGUGAUUAGUACUAAAGAAAAUAUAGAAAAAAUCACCUUGAAUAUUGCAGAAAUAUAAAAUAAAUAUGCAGUGGAUACUAGGCAUAGGUUUAGAAUUAAUAUGAUCCUCAUCAUAAAUGCAAUGAGUACCUUAAAUAGCAGUUGAGACUUUCCUAAGAGAGAAAAGUUGACAUUAAAUCAAAUGAAAAGACUCCCUAAUCAUGCAGGUUAUAUGUCUGGCUGGAUGUAAUGGUAAUAACUUCACUGGAUGUUAAAGUGGCUAAACUUUAGAAGGACCAUUUCGAUAAUUAGAAAGUGAAGUUUUCUAUCAUUGUGACUCAUGUAGAUUUGACUUUUGUGAGGCUUGCUUUCAUAAAUACGGUAAUGUCCACCAGCAUGAUCUUUAGAGUUUAACUUACUAGACAGCCUGCUAACUAAACAAAGCAUAUCUAGGAGGUUGGAAAUGUGAUGCUCUUAGGUAUUUUGGAUGCGACUAAGGAUCUAUGA